GACGUCGAACCCGGUGGAAGCAGUAGUGCGAUCUCGUCUGUCGCGGUCGGACCGACGACGUUGAGGCAGCAGGAGCCAUAACUCAAUCCUGCCAUAUCGUAAUCUGUGUCUACCUCCAACAAGCAACAGCAACGCGAUACAAAAAAAAUAAAACGGGGUGUCCGCAUCAAUAAAAAACCAAGUGUCUCUUCAAUCCGACCUUACGAGGUCGUUCAUUUAGUGAAGAACUAAAAAAGAAGUAAAUUGUCUUAAACAAUUUUUGUUCUUUUUGAAGACAUUUUUUUUGGGUUUUCAUUAAAAACAAAUUAAAAUGAGCUCAAAAGAGAUACUUGCAAUGGAUGAAAAGGAGAUGUUUUCAACGAUGGAGGAUUCGGGGAACAGUUGCGGUAGCAGUGUCGUGUCAGAUUUGAGCGGAGUUUCCGAUCAAAUAGACAUUUUCGACGGUGUGCAAAUUUCUGAUUUGGAAGAGUCGGACUUUGAAGAUGCGCUGGCGGUUUUGCAGUGUUCACCUCUUGACGAGCCCGAAUCAAGGCACCGUCCAGACUCUGCACCCAUAAACAUUUCGAAACCGAUGGAUUCGUCCCAACAACGUCAAGCAGUCCUUAGUUAUGAACAAGUGCGUAAAUUAAAUAACGUUAUGGAUGAGAUCGUCAGCAUUCACGGACGUGGAAAUUUCCCAACAUUAGAAGUAAGACUUCGUGAUCUUGUAACGGUCGUUCGAAGUAAAUUAGAGGCGGAUACAGCUUCCGGUGGUGCCGGAAUGAGAGUGCGCGAUAUUCGUUUAAAUGGUGGCGCAGCAUCGCACGUUUUAACAACCGAACCACAACCAUAUAACGAUUUGGAUUUAAUUUUCGGUGUCGAAUUAUCAAGUGGAAGAAAUUACGAUCGCGUUAAAUCCGCCGUUUUAAGUUCGCUAUUCGAUUUAUUGCCAGACGGUGUCAGUCGAAAAAGGAUAUCAACGUGUAGUUUAAAAGAAGCUUACGUAAGCAAAAUGGUUAAGGUAAACGACGGUGAUAGAUGGUCUUUAAUUUCGUUGGGGAAUUCCCGCGGGCAUAAAAAUGUCGAAUUAAAAUUCGUCGAUACAAUGAGGCGGCAAUUUGAAUUCUCCGUGGAUUCGUUUCAAAUAAUUCUUGGGUCGUUAUUGCAAUUUUAUGAUUGUAGUGAAUUACCGAUAAGUGAAAAUUUUUAUCCGACUGUAAACGGCGAGUCUGUUUAUGGCGAUUUCCAAGAGGCGCUUUAUCAUUUACAAAAGAAAUUGAUCUCAACGCGGCACCCGGAGGAAAUUAGAGGUGGUGGUUUGUUAAAGUACUGUAAUUUAUUGGUGAAAAAUUAUCGACCCGCUAAUCCUGAUCAUAUAAAAACGUUACAAAGGUACAUGUGCUCAAGAUUUUUUAUAGACUUUCCCGAUAUUGGCCAACAAAGAGCUAAACUUGAGAAUUAUUUAUGGAAUCACUUCGUUGGGGCCGAAGAGGAGAGCUUGAAACAUCAAUACUUGAUGUUGCUGAGAGAAGUCGUCGAAGAAUCAACCGUUUGCUUAAUGGGCCACGAGAGACGACAAACUUUAUCGUUAAUAGAUAACUUAGCAUGGCAAGUUCUUUGCCAGGAUCAACAAAGAAUGAUGACACAACCUCAACCAGUUCUUUAUAACGGAAUUAUUUAUCAUCCAGUGAUACCUUCAACGUGUUAUUGCCCUUGUAAUCCUAACUGGAUGCAAUGCACGUGAUCGUUUUAAAACGAAAAAUUAAAAUUAAAAUUAAAAUUAAAAAAGUCUACCGUCACAUUCCGUUUUUUUUUAAAUUAAUUAAUUAAGGUAUCUCUAAAAAAUAUUCUAAAAAAAAGAUAAAAAAGUUAAAUCGAAAUCGAUCGGCAAAAGAUUUUUUCUUGUACUAGGACGUAAAAAAUAUCUAACCCACCUCUUUGUUUUUGGAAAGUGGCUGUGACAAUAUUAAAAACAGUUUCCGAUCGAAAUCAGCCAAAAAAGCCUAAUUCUAAAAAAAAAAA